UAAAAGAGUUGUGUGGCUGUCAAAAUGGCUGUCAAAAUGGACCGGAUUAGAAUGUUGUGAGUGGCUGGGAGUUGCGUGUGACAAUAGAACUGGUCAUGUCGUCUCACUUGAUCUCUCUGGCUAUUACAUCAACUCGACCAUUCCUGUGUGGUUAUCAAACCUAACUCGCCUCAAGUAUCUAAACCUUAGCGAUAACAGCUUCCAUGGGGGAAUACCAGAUUCUAUUGGAAACUUGAGCUCUCUUUCUUCCAUCUACCUUUCAUGGAAUCAAUUGUCUGGUCGAAUACCAGAUUCAAUUGGAACCUUGAGCUCUCUAUAUUCCAUCGACUUUUCAUCAAACCAAUUGUCUGGUCGAAUACCAGAUUCAAUUAGAACCUUGAGCUCUCUUUAUUCCAUCCACUUUUCAUCAAACCAAUUUUCUGGUCGAAUACCAGAUUCUAUUGGAACCUUGAGCUCUCUUUCUUACAUGGACCUUUCAUUAAACCAAUUGUCUGGUCGAAUACCAGAUUCUAUUGGAACCUUGAGCUCUCUUUCUUACAUGGACCUUUCAUCAAACCAAUUGUCUGGUCCUAUACCUCCCUCGCUUGGUGACCUAUCAUCUCUUAAAUGGCUCGAUCUUUCUAGUAAUAAAUUGAGUGGGAACAUCCCCACUAGUCUUGGUCAGCUUUCAAACCUCCAAAGGCUUUUUCUUUAUAAUAACUCAUUGAGUGGGAACAUCCCCACUAGUCCUGGUCAGCUUUCAAACCUGGAAGAACUUUAUCUUGAUGAUAACCAAUUGAGUGGGGUUGUUUCUGAAGAUCACUUCACCAAACUCUACAAUCUAACCGACUUGUACUUGUCUGGUAAUACAUUGAUAACGUGGAACGACGGCCCUCAUUGGUUCCUCCCUUCCAAUUGGAGUAUUUGGAUGCAAGCUCCUGCUGCAACAUGGGACCUCAAUUCCCAAACUGGCUUCAAACACAAACACGUCUUGAAGUAUUACGUCUUAGAAAUUCGAGUAUAAGAGAUACAACAAUACCAGAGUGGUUUCACAACAUCUCCUUUCGUCUUCAGAACUUGGAUCUGUCCAACAACGAGAUCCAUGGAAAUCUGCCGCGAAUAAUA